AUGACUGGUAAGUUAAGGUGCCAUCAAACAACAAACCUUCCGGCUGACCACUGUCGCAAUACAGCGCCAGUAUACUUUCUGUCUCACGGAACAGCGUUCCUUCUCCAGAAUGACUCUCGUGUGAGAGAUUAUUGGAGAAAGAUUGGUCAAGAAGCACUUGCGCAUGGCUGCAAGGGAGUAAUCAUGAUGGCGGCACACUGGAACGUCAACGGCGAUAACCAAAUCAAAGUCGCCAUGAAACCCGAGCCAGGAAUGAUGCCACUCACGAAUGCCCAUCCUGACAUCUGGAAGAAUUUCAAGCCAAACACAGAUAUCAAGACAGGCCAGCGUGUCAUCAACCUGCUGAACGAUGCAGGAUUUGAGGCAGAAGGUGAUGAGCAGUUCGAUUGGAUGAUCGAUUCGGAGAUAGCCCUGGUCGGUAUGUUCGGAGACAAGUGUCCACCCACAGUCAUCAUCUCUCAGAACUCUUACUGGGAUCCCUGGUUCCAUGCUCGUGUUGGUACUGCUAUUCGAUCUCUUCGACAGGAGGGCUAUUUAAUCAUUGGGUCGGGAGGCGGCACUCACAAUCUGUAUCGUACCGAAUGGCACUACGCCCUUAAGUACAGGGACGUGUUCGCCAUGGAAAGCCCUCCUGAUCCGACUAAUCUCGAAUUUCGUCAAGCGCUGCAAGAUGUCAUUUGCAAGACUGGAGGAGGCCCAGAGUUGAAGAGAGGUCUGUGCAGACUCAUGAAGCAUCCAUACUUUCGGGAUGCUCAUGGAACAGAUGAACACUAUGUCUCUGCAUGUUUUGUGGCCGGCGCUAUCGGAGAGGUAGAGGACAGAGGUGCCAAAGGCGUGCUAGGGGCCGAAGUUUGGGAACUGCGAAGCCAGUGCGAGUCUCAGUUCUCCAUCGGAUCUUGGGAAGAGGCUUCAGCUAUCAAGGUCUGA